CUCAAUUUGCGGAGGAUAGAGUAACGAUCAUCCGAUGUACAGUAUCCAUUGUUGAAAUAAAAAUAAUGCCCAUUCAUCAGGGCAAUGACCUCGUCUUGCUCCCUUGUAAACUGACAUCAUCAUUUACUCUUUACUCCGACCUCUAUGAUCGAUCGGAGUACUUCAAAGCAAAUGAUAGCGAUUAGCAAUUGUCUAGAGCAGCAAGUUUGUAUCGAGUAGAGUGCAAGCACAGACCAAAUCAUGCACACUUUCCGGGGGCACAAUACCAUGACUCGUUGUUACAUGUUGUGCCCCUUUGUUGCAUUGGCUGUUACUAUGUCCCGUCUGUCCAAUCUAAAGAAUGGCAACGACCAUACUGAGCCCUGUAAGUUGGCUCGAGGUUGGCUCGAGACACGGUCAGGGUGCUUCAGUGUUCUGCAAUUCAGCAUUCAAGAGGAAUCCCCGCGGUCCAUCCAAGUUAUGAUGCAUUUGAUUACCGUCAAUGAAGCCACAUAUUUUCAUCAACUUCCUGGAACUUAUGUUUGUCUAAGGGCAAACAAGAUGAAGCUUUAACAGAUAGUAGGAUAUACCAGUGCGAGUGACGCUGGAAUUUGAGAUCUAUUAUUCGGACACCGAAAAUCAAAAA